AUGGAAGCCGCCAAGAAUGCCGUCAAGAAAUUCACUAGCCAUCAAGGGCAUUCGACCACGGUCGAGGAGCAAGUGCAUCCCCACGUCAUGAACGAGACGGUCAAGCCACACAGACAUGAAGAGACCACUCAAGCUGUUGACAAGGAAGUUCACCAGCACCACUUUCACACCACGGUACAGCCCAUCGCCCAUGAGGAGAAGCUGCCGGAGAAGCACACUCACCAAGCUCUACCAACCCAAGAACGUGAGAUCCACCACGAAGAUCCUCACAACACCAAAGCCAGCGUCGACGCUGAACUCGCCAAGUUCAAGCCAGCCUCAAAAACUGUUGAGACGACGCACUCCGCGGCCGCCGCACCUGCAGUGGUAGGCGAGCAUGUUCAUCACCACGUCCACGAAAAUGUCGUUCCCGUGGUGCACAAGAGCACCAUCCAGCCAGAGGUCGUUCACACGACACAGCCUAUCCACGAGACCCAUCACGCGCCUUCGCAACAUCACGGCAUCAGCCAGCUGCCAAUGAAGUCACUCGACGAGUUCAAGGCUGGCGGCGGUGUUCUCCACGGUGAGAAGCAAGGUAUGAGCAGUGAGUCUUAUGACGGGUGCCCACGGCCGUACAAUGAGAAGCUCGGCACGACCUUUGACAAGCUGGGCUUGCACUCUCACAAAGGCCAGCAGGGUCACCAGGCACGGGACUCUGGCGUCGAUAUGGGACAUGACGGCAUGAACCCUGGACACAGCGGCAACGUCCUCAGCGGGAGUGGCGCCAAGCAUUAG